CUCUCCAUGUGCACCAGACCAUCUCCGUGGUCUGAAAUCAGUCACUGCUGAAUUACAGCCUGAUACGGAACUUAACACAGUCACUUUCUAUCUGAGCAAACAGCAGCCGAAGUGAUGAGAGAACUACAUUUCAAGGAUAAUUUUUGGAACACUGAUAUCACCAGCACAGCUGGAUAUGACACCAUCAUCCAGCACUUGAAUGACGGCAAAAGGACAUGCAAAGAAAUCGAGGACUUCAUGAAAGCCAGAGCUGCAAUAGAAGAGAAAUACGCCAAGGAUCUGCUUGGUUUGUCUAAGAAAGUGUGUGGACACAGCGAAAUGAACACCCUGAAACGAUCACUUGACGUUUUCAAAUUACAAACAGAAAAUGUGAGUUUGUCUCAUCUGCAUUUGGCCCAAACCAUGAGGGAGGAAGCAAAAAAAUUAGAAGACUUCAGAGAGAAACAGAAAGAGGCCCGAAAGAGGAUAGAACAGCAGAUGGACGCUCUUCAUAAGCAGAAGGUUGCUCAGUAUAAGAAAACAGCUGAGGCAAAGAAGACCUAUGAUCAAAAGUGUCGAGAUAAAGAGGAAGCAGAGCAGAACAUGAACAGAAACGCCACCACUAGCAGUUCCAAGCAGCAAGAAAAGCUGUACACCAAAACACAGCAAGCCAAGCAGACAGCAGAGGAAGCCGACAGGAUAUACAGUCAGAAUGUGUUGGUUCUGGGGAAGAUGAGAGAGGAGUGGCUGAACGAGCAUGUCAAAGCAUGUGAGUUUUUUGAGAAACAGGAAGUGGAAAGGAUCAACAUGCUGAGGAACAUAGUGUGGACCCAUCUCAACCAUCUCUCCCAGCAGUGCGUCACCAGCGACGAGAUUCAUGAAGAAGUGAGGAAGUCACUGGAGCAAUGUAACGUUCAAGAAGACAUCGAGCAUUUUGUCAACCUCAGAAGAACCGGAGACAAACCGCCAGCACCUGUUCCAUAUGAGAAUUUCUACAAUAAUCAGAGAUCGGCUGGAGUUCGCUCACUUCCAACGCCUGGCAGGAGAGCAGCAGCUCCUCCACCACCAACUGCAGAAAAUGAUCCUUUAUACUCAACUGUAGCGGAACCAGGGUACAGCCUAAUACGAUACUAAUAAGAGCGUAAUUCGUCUUCGCAAACCCUGCUGCUCAAUAGGAAAACAGUGAAGGCAUUUGCGACUUUUUCCGUGAAGGGCUGAAAAGCACAUUGGUUAUCUGUCACACUGUGUGGUGAGAAUAUAUAUAUAUGUGUCCUGGAAUGCAGGGGUGACCUUAUCUCUGUGUAAAAAGCAUCUUAACUUGCUAACCUAAAAUCUACCCUUGCAAACAGAGUGAGUUUAGACACAAUUGUGUUUGCGUAGUGGUAAAAAGUCUAAUCUGGAAGUUCUCACUACAUUGUUGUUUUGAUGAUCAAUUGUUAUCAUUGGAUGAAUCUUUGUAUUUUAAUCUGUGUAAAAAAAGGUUGACUAAUAUAGAUUAAGGAAUUUAAAUGUGGAGUGCACAACACUGCAACUAAUGGUUCCAAAUGGAAUUGCAGUUUGUUUGAGCAGCCUGUUUAGACUCAACCAAUGGUGUUGGUUUGGGGGCGGGUCUACCAGUUUGGCUAGCCAAUGGAAGACAGAAGGAUUAUUUUUUGUCAUUAUUUUGAGAUUUCUGUUUGGUUCAGCUAGAGGUACACAGCUUUAAAAAAAAAAAAAAA